AGCUGUCCGGGCCCUUCGUGAAAGGGGGGCCGCGGGGCGCCAGGGCCCCGGCCGAGGCGCGACGCGCCCAUGGGCCGCAGCAAGCGCGUCCAGGAGGGCGGCCAGGAGGCCCCGGACCCGGAGCGCUCGGGCGAGAGGCUCUUCUGCUACUGGUGCGACAGGGAGUUCUACGACGAGCAGAUCCUGAUACAGCACCAGGUGGCCAAGCACUGGACGUGCCCGGAGUGCCGGUCCGGCAGGGACAACGUGAAGCUCGGGAGGUGCAACACCUUGCAUGGGCUCAUCAUCCACUACCGGAAGGUUCACACCGCCGAGCUCCGGGCGGUGCCGAACGCCAUCGAGGGCAGGGAGGACCCGUACGCUGGCAUGAACAUCUUCGGCACCAGGCACGUGCCAGAGCACGUGCUGGCAGAGUGGCGCAAGAAGUCCGCCGCGCCCGUCAUCCACGGGCACGUCUUCGGGGCGGUCCCGUCCCUGGAGCCCGAGUCCGUGAUCCCGAUGCCUCCCGAGGACCACGCUCCGCCCCUGCCGGCGGGCGCGUCCGACGCCCCCGCGGCGGCGGCGGAGCAGACCGGCGCCUCGGGGAGCGCGGGCGGGCAGACGGACUGGGCCAAGCAGCUGCGGGAGUGGAUGGCCAAGAAGCAGGAGGAGGAGCGGCGCGAGGCGGCCGCGAGCCCCGGCCCGGCCGCGGCCGUCGGCGGGCUCCCCGCGGGCGGCGGCGGCCCCUGCGGCAAGGGGGGCGGCGGCUUCCCCAGCCGGGGCGGCCCCAGCGGGCCCGGGCCGCCGGCGGGCGCCGAGCUCGCCGCGCGGGGGCCGCCGGGCGGCAGCGGCGAGGCGCUGCCCGGCAGGGGGGGCGGCCUCGGCGGGGGCGAGCCGCCCGGCCUCAGGGGCAGCCCGUCCGGGGGCGCCUUCCCCGGCGGGGGCGGCUUCGGCGGGGGCGACUUCCCGGGCAAGGGCGGGCUCGCCGCCAGAGGCGACGGUGCCGGCAGCGGGUGCCUCGGAGGCGCGGGCUUCCCGGGCAAGGGCGGGUUCGUCGCCCAGCCGCAGCAGAUCGUGGCCCGCCCGAUGGUUCAGGUGCCGGCUGCGACGACAUCUAUGAGCUCGGGGUUCCCUGCGCAGCUGCCGGCCGCAGCCCCCGGCGCCCAGUACGGCUGGCAGGGUCAGAAGGGCCAGCCGGAGCCUGGCUACGGUCCGCAGGAUACUGGCCAUGGCCGCCAGGAGGCCGGCUACAGGCGGCAGGAUCCCGCACCCGUGCCGCAGGAUGCCGACGCGGCGUCCACCAUCAGCCAGGCCGUGGAGCAGGCGAGGCUCGCGGCCAUCGCGGCCAAGGAGGCCGCGGCCCAGCGCCGCGGCACCGACGGCGCCAGGGACAACAGGUCCAGGAGCCGCAGGCGGUCCCGGAGCCGGCGGCGGUCUCACAGCCGCGGCAGGCGCGACGCGCGGUCCCGCAGCCGCGGGCGGCGCGACGGCGGCUCGGGCGCGCCGUCGCUGCGCGACGGCCUCGGGCUGGCGGGCGCCGGCGGCACCACCAUCAACAUCACCGGCGGCAUGGUGAGCAGCCGGCUGGUGCUCAAGACGGCGAUGGAGAGCGGUUCGGGCGCGUGGAGGUGUGCCACACGGGCAACCGGCAGAACCCCGUGGGCGAGCCGCCCUGGGUCCGCUUCUCGAGGGCGUCCGAGGCCCAGGCGGCGCUGGAGGCCAUCAACUCGGGCCAGAUGGUCCUGGACGGCGGGGCCAUCCGGGCCGAGUACAAGAAAGGAUCGGGGGGCGCUCCUCCGAUGAGGUCCAUGGGCGGCCGGGAGCGCAACCUCGAGAUCACCAGCCGCGACAUGGCGCGCGAGGGGCUCCGGGCGCCGCCCCGGGGCAGGAGCCGGAGCCGGAGCCGAGGCAGGCCGAACAGGAGAGUCGGAGCAGGAGCAGGAGCCGAAGCCGACGGAGGCGAUGAGAGGCCUCGCGUGCCCGCGCCAUCGUCGGGGGGCAGCGUUCGGGGGAGAGCAAGGCGCAGGAGGGAGCGCAUCGACCCGCAAUAUGCGGGCCACUUCCAGCAGCACCUUUG